AUGGCUUCUCUUACCAUGCCAACUCUCUCCUCCAACCUUGCCAAUUCCUCCUCCAUAGCACAUUUCAUCUCACUUGCAAAACCCACUCACCCAAAUCGUAAAACAGGCCCAAAACUUACAUGCAAUGCCACAAAAGGUGACGAAAACUCCAGUGAUCAUGACAUUGCCGGCUCCAAAAAUGGAGAAACUUCUUUACUGAAGCUUGAUAGAAGAAAUGUGCUACUUGGCAUUGGAGGAGGGCUCUAUGGUGCCUUCACUUCUGGUGCUAAUCCAUCAGCCUUUGCAGCACCACUAUCUCCAACAUUCAUAGCCUGUCACGAUGCCACUGACCCCGACAAAAAAGAAAUCGACUGUUGUCCACCCUCGGUCAUGGCCGCGGAUAUCACUGAUUUUGUUCCUACUGCUCCUUCUGUCAUCGCCACUAGACCUGCGGUGCAACUAGUCGACUCGACUUAUUUGAAAAAGUACAAGACGGCCAUAGAGAAAAUGAGGAAUCUAAGUUCGGAUGAUCCACGUAGUUUCACUGCACAAGCAAAUGUGCAUUGUGCAUAUUGUAACGGUGGAUACUAUCAAGAUGGCUAUGCAGAUUCUAAACUUCUAUUGGAUGUUCACAACUCAUGGCUCUUCUUUCCCUUUCACAGAUGGUACUUGUAUUUCGUCUAG